AAAAACCUCCCCGUGCACAGGAAUGGUAAAAGCACAGUGCGCAUGGAGGACAGUGGUUAGAUGUGGUGCUGUGGAAGUUGAUGAAGAGAUCAUUGGGCUGUGAAACAUUCCCACUUCAACAUGUCUGGGUGCAAAUAGGUCCGUGUCGUGCCCCGGGGCAGCUCACACUCACUCACUGAUGGAAACAGAGGAGAGGGAAACGGGGAAAUCUCUUCGCUCGGGCGGCAGAAGCGCCAUGCGCCGGCGGGGCAGCGUCUGACCGCUUCUCCCGUUUCUCUCCUCUGCUCUCCGGCUGAGAUGUAGCGGUCUCGUCGGGCCCGGCGGAUCAUGAAGGAAGUGGCGCGUUUGGCGUGAAACCCCGAGUCCGACAUGUCUAACGCGACGCCGAGCAAGAGCGUGGAAUGGCUGCAAGUGGAGUUGGAGUCCGGGGGCACUUCCCUGCUGCUGCUGGACUGUCGCUCCCACGAGCUGUACGAGUCGUCCCACGUAGAGAGCGCCGUGAACCUGGCCAUCCCGGGGCUCAUGCUCCGCAGGUUCAGGAAGGGCAACAUCCCCAUCCGGACCAUCAUCCCCAGCCACGAGGACAAGGAGAAGUUCAUGCGGCGGUGCAAGACGGACACGGUGGUGCUGUACGACGAGGGCGCACUGGGCGGCCGGCAGGACAGCGGCGCGCCAACGUCGGUGCUGGGGCUGCUGCUCCAGAAGCUGUGGGAGGAGGGAUGCAAAGCGUUUUAUCUGGAAGGUGGAUUCGUGAAGUUCCACACCGAGUACCCAGAGCACUGUGAGACCCUCCUUGACAGCUCCUGUCCGAGCUCCUCUCCCCCGCUCUCCGUCCUCGGGUUUGGGAAUCUCCGGAUCAGCUCGGACUGCUCCGAUGGGGAGUCCGACCGAGAGCCGAGCAGCGCCACAGAGUCCGAGGAGAGCCCCAUCCCCAGCAAUCAGCCGGCCUUCCCCGUCCAGAUCCUACCCUACCUUUACCUGGGCUGCGCCAAAGACUCCACCAACCUCGACGUGCUGGGCCAGUACAAUAUCAAGUACAUCCUGAACGUCACACCCAAUCUACCCAACAUGUUUGAGCACGACGGCCACUUCAGGUACAAGCAGAUUCCCAUUUCGGACCACUGGAGUCAGAACCUGUCCCAGUUCUUCCCAGAGGCCAUUUCUUUUAUAGACGAAGCUCGAUCGAAGCAAUGUGGCAUCCUGGUCCACUGCCUGGCCGGCAUCAGCCGCUCGGUCACGGUCACCGUGGCGUACCUGAUGCAGAGACUAAACCUUUCCCUCAAUGACGCCUAUGACUUUGUCAAGAGGAAGAAGUCCAACAUUUCCCCAAACUUCAACUUCAUGGGCCAGCUCCUGGACUUUGAGAGGACGCUGGGGCUGAACAGUCCCUGUGAUAACCAGCGAUCCACCAGCGAGGAGCAGCUCUUCUUCACCACGCCGACCAAUCACAACGUCUUCCAGCUGGACACGCUGGGGUCGACAUGAGGAUUGGUGGGACAGGGGUUUUAUUUUCUUGUUUCCUGUGGCGUCUCUGAGGCUUUCUGAGCCUGUGAGGCGCCUAACUAGCUGACACAGGCAGAACAUCAGUUACACAAUAUCUGCACCAAAAGGAACUCCAUUGAUUUGUUAAAGGAGCAGUGCCCGUACGCAGAGAACAAGCUCCAUUCGAUCACGUCUCGAUGCCUUAAUAUCUAACAAAAGGAGGGAGUUUGCCACCCACCAUACAUGGCAUUAACAAAUGGCCAUGUACAGCCAUGACAGCAGGACAUUUCAUAACCUCUCUAUUACAUCUAGGAUUGUUGUUUGACUGUUACUUGUUAUUCACCAGCUGUAAAUUGGAUGUUAAUGUAUUUCUUUGCAUUACUCAUGAUUGUUGCCUUCAUGGUGUAAAAGGAGUCUUUUGCCAAUCAGAAUGUUUUUUGUGGACCAAUUGAAGUGUUUCGAUGGUACUUUGAUGGAAAAUAAGCUACUACAGUGAUCCGGCCUUGAAUCCUCGUCCAGUUUUUCUUCUGAUGACUGCAGCAGCAGAAUGGAGUGACCGCUGAAAGCAGUAUUGCGCAUGCUUUUAGUCAGAAGACCUCAACUAAUAUCUGGUAAACAUCCAGGGUGUUAGAUAAGUGGUCACGAGUUUGCAAAAUACCCAAAUGAAAUCUCGUUACUCUUCAGAAACCCUCCUUUACAUUCCACUGCUUAUAACUGUAUUAUUUGCGUGUGAUUGUGUUCUACCGAGGAGCAUGUUUUGUAACCCUGUUUCCUGUUAUUGUCGAGGCCUUGACCAUACCAUAACAAGAAAUUGGAUGUGGAGGUAUACAGAGUAGGAGCGCUUUUUUUUUUUGCCACAAUUGACAGAAACAAAUGUUUAAGUAAUCAGCGUAUAAAGGAUUGGAUGUCCACCUCGUUUUUUUACUCCGACAGUCUUCAGCCUGCAGCUACUUCUUUCCGUGGCACAGUAAUGUUAAGGGAAACAUGAUGUGUAAUUAGCUGUUCUCCAUUGCCAGUCUCGUCUCCGAACAAAUGAGUGAGCUUGAUGUAUGAGAGGGAAUGAAAGGAAAUGAGUUUGACUAACGUGUUCUUACCUCACCGAGAGACGCUUUCAGGGAUUUUUAUACAAGGCAUCUGUAAUUCGUCAUGGCCUCUUAAAAGUGCAUCCAAGGGCUGUUUUGUGUGCUAUGUUUGUAAAGUUGUACAUAAAAUGUGGUUGUCAUAGGGACACUUUCUCAAAAAUCACGAAGAAUGCGAAAGUGAUCCUAUUUUGGCCCUUAUGUAUAGUGUAUGUAAAACUAAAUGUCCAAGACAUUCUGUACAAGUUUAUACAACAAAUAUAUUGUAUAUUUUUACUUGAA